CACCGCACGCUCCUCACUGGAAAGUGUAAUUGCUCGUCAGCUGAUUUGUUUGGUUUGCUCAAACUCUGUAAGUUCUAAAGAACAGGAUUGGAAAUUGCAUGAUAGUAGUUUUAAAGUUGUCAGUUAAAUAGAAAGUGUAUUAUGUUUGAGUCAAGAGAAAUCCAACAAAGGUCAAUGAGCCAAGAGACUGUUACCAUUCCCUUGGAUGAAGUCACAGAGGAAGAGCUGGAAGACUGGGAUUCACUAAAUAAGCUCCUUCAGCAUCAUGGUUUUAAGCCAAUAUCUGUUGCUGACCCAAAGGAUAAAAGACCUGUCGGUGGUAUGGUUCUUUUGACCAAACAAUCUGCAGGACAGAUUAGACAUGCGCUGAAGAGUUUAAUGAAAGACACUGAACGGAGACAGGCAUUAAUCCAGGAGCUGAUACAAACAAAUAAUCAACUCAAAGAUGAUAUUCGUCAGCAGUAUGGGCGAGCUUCUCGUCAAGAACAGCGGACAAGUGAACUAGAGCAAGUACUUGAUAAUGUGAAAACAAAGAUUCAAGAGAUGGAAGAUGACUUUAUAAAAAAGACAUGCCAACAACAAAACCAUGUUAAACAGCUUCAAAAAGAUAAACGGGAUAUUCAGGUCUACUAUACAGAGUUGGAGCAGAAGUUACGAGUACAGGAAGAAAUUAUUUCACAGCUUCAAAAGAAACUCCGCACAAUAAUAGCAGAAGAAGAGGAACGUGUUACACGACAAAACAACAUAUUUCAUCAGUUUCGUAAGCGAGUUCCAAAAGCAAAUUCCACAUUAGAUCAGCAGCUGUUGGAUAUGAUUAGUACAUAUGAAUCACAAAUUGAUUACCUGCAAAGGGCGCUGAGGACAUAUAAAGAAAAUGCUGAGCCACAAAGUAUGAAUAAUGAAGAUAAAGAAUUAAACCUGGAUACAUCUCCGAAUUAUAAAGCAUUACUUAAGUCCUAUCAGGAACAAUUAAAAGAAGCAAGAACUAGAAAUGAACAGCUCUUGCUUGAAAACAUCAAUAUCAAACAGGAAUUAGAAACAAGACCUAGUAUGAAGGAAUUAAAACUCUGUAAACAACAAGCAAAGAGGCUGGAAAGAUUACUUCUACAUAACGGUGUAAAGCUUUCAGAGUUUCCUAAUGGAAGACAAGCUGAGGAAAAAGAGAAUACUAAAGUAGAAGACUUGGAUAGCAUACAUGCAGAUGUUUGCAGACAUGUCUUAAAGGAUGCUUGUGGAAUUCUUAAGGUUCACGAUUUGAAUGAUCUCUUAUCAACAAUACGUUUAAUGGCUAAACAAUUGGAAGCUAUUCCCACUCUUGAAAAGGUUUUAAAUGACAUCAGCUCAGUUGUAAGCAACCAGAGAGCCCCACAGAUGCUGUUUAGACGAAGUACAUCAUCUCACCAGUUUAGUGUUCGGACAGUUGAGUCCAAAUAUGAGCAUCUUGUCCCAACACUAGAAAUGUGGAUUAAUCAACUAAUGGCACUAAAGGAUUUGUUUAAAUCUCUGAGAAAAUUGUUAGCAAAGGUGAUACCUUGGCAAAUACCUGACUUAAAAGACCAAAGUGAAGGUACGAGAGUAGAGGAUCUUCAAAUGUUAAUAGAUACUGUCCUGGAAGAAGUGGAGUAUGAUAAGGAAAACAGAAGAGCUUCUCCAGAGACAAUGAGGGCAAUUGUUUCUCAUUUUCAGACAUUGUUUGAUGUCUCUUCCUUAAACGGAGUAUACCCAAGAAUGAAUGAAGUUUACAUCAAACUUGAAGAAAUGAAUAAUGCUAUGAGAAAUCUUCGAGUGCUUUUAGGACUUGAUCCAUCUGUUCCAUGCAGUACGUUGGUCAAUGCAGUUGGGAAUCUGUGCUCAUCUUUAUCUGAUGAUACAACCAAGCAGAUUCAGCUGUUACUAGGGACGCAGGACCUCAACAGCAUUAUUAUCAAAUUGAAAGACUAUGAUGAAUUUUUCCCAGCAUUCAGUGAACUCCUUAACGGCUUAUUUCAAAUUCUAGAUGUGAACAGUGUGGAUGACAUCUUGGUAGAAGUUCAGUCUCUGAAGCUAAAGACCAAAGUGUGAAUAAAUAAAUAACUUAAUUCAGUAUAAGCCAAUGUGUGGACUGUGUUUUAUAAAUGGAUUGUAAUUGCUGUGGUCUACAUGGGCAGUUGCCAAUUUCUUUGUGAAAGGUUUACAUUAAUAUAUGGUAGUGUACAGUUAACUGCUUGAAAUUAUUUAUGAAUUUGUAUAAAAAUAUUUAUUAAACAAUGUACCAUUACUGUUUCUAAUUGUUUUAUAUCUGAUGCAUAUUUAGUACCAGGUAACAGAUUUGCAAAAUUGUUUAUGUAUACUUUUAAUGAUUAAGGCUGUAAUUUAAGCAUAUAUUGGGAAUAAAGGUAAAAAAUGCA